AGCGAGCGGUCUUAGUUUGAACAAAAUGGCUGCAAGAACGCUGUCAACGAGAGCUCACUGAACGCAUUAUGACUGUCCACUCCUACAUUUGGAUUUUUCGAGAAUGUAUUUUCUUGGAUUCGUUUUUCAAUUUGCAUUCGUAGUAGCAAGGUCGUCGGUCAGAUGUUGUUGCUAGCCUGCUAGCUCCUCAGCUAGCGGCCUAAACACAAAUAAUUUCAUUUUGCACUUUAACCCAAGUUUCCUAGCUAGCUGGCCAUUUUCGUCGACAAUUUACUGAAAUCUGCCUAUUUUAUUUCAUUUGCAAAUUACUCCUUACAACAGUCGAUGACUAAUGCCAACUAGCGAACGUUAACGUCAACUCCGCUACUUUUUGAGUCGGAAUUGUUUCUCUUGCUUUUUCGUUUUGCUGCUUUUUUUCUAUAUCGUGAUUACUUACGUUUAGCAUGUUUUUUUGUUGCGACAAUUUUACUUUUAGUGCAUCGUUGCGCUAAAAUACAAAUUUCUUACUGUGUGUAUUUCAAGUAUCGAUCUCUGUAUUUGUUGUUAUUAAACUGCUCAAACAACUAUCCUGUCAGUCAGUAAGCCCCUGCAGCAGGAGAGCUGCACUUGGCUAAUGCUAGCUGGAUAACUGCGAAGACUGAAUCCUGAUUUGUAAUUUACGGGUAUUUUUCGGAAAAGGCACAGCAGAAUGCUUUUCUGCAUCGUUCUCUUUCAUGCACAAACUCUGUAUUCAAAGCUGCCAAAGCUCAACGUGUGAUUACGCAAGCUGAGAGAAGCGAACAACACGAGAAGAGAACCAUUUGAUGGAAGAAAAUAAAAAGCAAGAAAAGACGUCGGAAGCUGCUCAGAAACAGGCUGCUGACACGAAAACCAAAGUGCCAGAGCCAGCGAAGCCCAGCCCCGGUCCCCUCCACCACCCCACCUCCAGUGUGACCCUGCCCCAGGCCUCACAUCCCCCCUCCUCCUCCUCUUCAGUCAGAACCAAUGGGAAGCGUGCCCCCCCUAGCACCCAGCAAACACCACAGCAGCUGACCCCACCUCCGCUGCUGUCGUCGUCCUCAGGCCCCCGCUACCCGCCCCGUGAGGUUCCCCCGCGUUUCCGCCAGCAGGAGCACAAGCAGCUACUUAAGAGGGGCCAGCCACUGCCAGCCGGAGCCCUGAGUAGCCUCACCGUGACCCCUGCCUCUAACCCGCUCACCCCCGGUGCCCCCUCUUCUUCUUCCUCCUCCGCAGGCAAGCGCCACACAGACCUGCCCUUCCAGAGUGGUCCUGGUGCCCAGCAUGAGAAUCCCCACUGGGGAGCCUUACCACCAGCCACCGACCGCAGCAGCACCACCACCAGUAGUAGCUGGGAUCAAGUGAUCGACGGGAGCGACACCGAGGCCUGGCCCUCCAUCAGCCGCAGCAGCGUCAGCCGACCAGCGAAUCCUCCAGAAUGUGCCACAGCCGCUGACUGUACGAACCCAGAGACCAGCAGCAACAUGAGCAUGGCCGCGGGGGCUACUAGCCAGCAGGCCCACUACCCCUCCUCUCUCAAAGCUAACGUAGCUAGCAUGAUGCAGCCUAGCGGUGGACAAGGAGUUGGAGCCAUCGGCAGCAGGGGCUGGGGCUCCGGACCAGGCCCCAUCCCCAUGGGCCCCACUGAGGGAGCCAAACCCGACGGCCUUGGGCCCAACCUGGGCCGGAGUGGAGGAGCACCCAGCUGGAACUCCCAGCCCAGCUUUAGCCUGAACCUGAACCCCAACGCCAACCCCUCGGCCUGGCCCGUGCUGGGGCAAGAGGGGGCUGGAGGUGGCCCGAACCCCGCCUCACUACCACCCAAUGGUAUCCUGGGCAAUGGGAGCCUGGGAGGGGACGAGAACAACAGCAGCAGCACCUGGGGAGGCAUGAUGAGCCCUGAUGCCCCGUCCUCCAAUAAGAAUGUGUCUUUCAGCAGCAUGGAACACCCCAACCUUAACACUGACGGACAAAACAGCCACCACACUAAGCAGCCCCUCAGCCCCAUCCACGGGCUGCCCGGCUGGGGAGGCCAGUCCCCUACUGAGUCCUCCCAGCUCAACGGAGACGCAGGGAGCUCAGUCUGGGGCAACGAAGACACCAAGACAUCCGCUAACUCCUCCUCCAAGAACUCAGGCUGGGACUCGGCACCCUCCGGAGGCAUGUCCGGCUGGGGCCACUCUGGCAGCGGAGGAGGCGGGAGUGGCAGUGGAGAAGGAGGCUGGGGAGGAGACUGGGGGAAACCCUCCAGUGGUGGAGGCGAGGCCAAAGGAGGCUGGGAUUCCUCAGAUGGCCCAGCCCAGGACCAGCAGGUGAGCUCCUGGGGCCAGCCAACCCCGGCCCCGGCUAGUGAGGGUAGCGGGAGCGGUGGCAGCGAGGGGCACAUCCAUCGCAGGGAUCAGACUGGCAGCGAGGACGGAGGUCCCCCUCCCCUGCCUCGGCAGGACCUGGACCCCCGUGUGCUCUGCAACACAGGCUGGGGCCAGACGCCCGUCCGCCAGCACACCUCCUGGGAGAUGGAGGAGCAGCGUGCCGCCAACGAUAGGAAGACCAGCGAGAUGAGGGGAGGCGGUGGAGGGGACACAUGGAGGGGCUCCAACAGCCCCUCUUCUGGAUCCCCACCAGACCCCCGGAACGGGGGAGCCAACCCCAGCCUGGGACCAUCUCAGAGGCCAGGCUCAGGGGGCCCCGGAGGCAAGAGUGAGGGCCCUUCAGGCUGGGGAGGCCCUCCACCCUCAAGCUGGGGGGAGCAGCCUGUCAACAAGGCCCCCAACGGUUCCGUCAGUGGCUGGGGGGACCCCAUGGCCCAAGGCCCCAAUACCACAAACAAUGGCCCAAAGAGUGGAGGUCAAUCCUGGGGUGUCCCUGAGGAGAAGUCCUCCCCUACCUGGGACGACGGGCCAGCCAAGACCCAGCAGAACCAAACCCAGAGCUGGGGAGAGGGGCCCAAGUCCUCCUCCCACGGCUGGGUCUCCGGCCACGGAAGUGGCAGCAAUGGCUCCAAUGGAUCCAACGGCUCCAACGGCGGAGAGUGGAGAGAACCGGCCGAGGUGAAGAAGAAUGGGUCCUCCAGCCACAUGUGGGAAGGAGAAGGAGGAAAUGGACGAGGAGGAGGGUGGAAGGACAGCCCCAGAGGGGGUGGAGGAAAUGGGGGCGGCUGGGGGGCGAAGCCUGCCCCUGCUGUUGGUGGCUGGGGGGAGACCCAGAACCAGCAUCCCAGUGGCCCAGCACCGGGAUGGGGUUCCAAGCCCCAGGAAAGCCCCAGUGGCCCAGCACCAGGAUGGGGCUCCAAGCCCCAGGAAAGCCCCAGUGGCCCAGCACCAGGAUGGGGCUCCAAGCCCCAGGAAAGCCCCAGCGGCCCAGCACCAGGAUGGGGCUCCAAGCCCCAGGAAAGCCCCAGCGGCCCUGCACCAGGAUGGGGCUCCAAGCCCCAAGAAAGCCCCAGCGGCCCUGCACCAGGAUGGGGCUCCAAGCCCCAGGAAAGCCCCAGCGGCCCGGCACCAGGAUGGGGCUCCAAGCCCCAGGAAAGCCCCAACUGCAAUAGUGGAGGAGGUGGACCAGGAGGAGGCAGCAUGGGGUCCUGGGGCGGCCCUGCGUCUGUAAGGCAGAGUUCCAACCCCGGCUGGGGCCCGGGGAGCUCCGGAGCCAAACCCGACCCAGCGAUGGAGCCCACUGGCUGGGAGGAACCCUCUCCUCCCUCCAUCCGCCGCAAGAUGGAGAUCGAUGACGGCACGUCCACAUGGGGAGACCCCAGCGCCUACAACAAGACCGUGAAUAUGUGGGACCGCAACAACCCCACUGGAGGUAACGGUAACCAAGGGAACAACCCCACCCAGCCGCCGACCAGCAAGAGUAGCGGAGGCUUGACCGUCAACAACAGCCACAACAACCACUCCAACGUCCCCCCUAGCAACAACAAUCACCACCACAUGAACCACCACCACCUGCACCACGGACAGCCCCCGCCACACAGCCAGCACCACGGCAACAACAAUGGAUCCGCCAACACCGCCGCCCCGCACCAGGGCGGAGGACCCCAGGGCAGACCACCUAUGGCCAACCCAGGCUGGGGGGAGCUGCCCAGUGUCCAGCAGCCCAAGCCAGAGCCGGCGUGGGGGGAGCCCGCUGGCCCCUCUCCUGCAGUGGACAACGGCACCUCUGCCUGGGGCAAACCCCCUGGUGUUCCUGGAGGCUGGGGCGAUGGGGGGCACGAGCCCAAUGGACCCUACAGGAGGGGAAACAACGGACCCUCUGGACCUGCACCCUGCAAGCCAGCCCUCAAAUCUAUGCAAGACGGUUGGGGAGGCGGGAGGGAGGAGGAGAUGGGCAUGUCUUCUGGCCAAUGGGAUGCUGAUGCCGGAGACGUGUGGAACAGCCCCGCCUCCCAGGAGAACAACUCCUCCUGUAACUCGUGGGGCCAGCCACCCAAGAAGGGCCCGCCCAAGGGCAAGAUGGGCAACCAGCCAGACGAAGCCUGGAUCAUGAACCGUCUCAUCAAGCAGCUCACUGACAUGGGUUUCCCGAGGGAUCCUGCUGAGGAGGCUCUGAAGAGCAACAACAUGAACCUGGACCAGGCCAUGAGUGCUUUGUUGGAGAAGAAGACUGAACUGGACAAGCGGGGCAUGGGCAUGUCAGACUACAACAACGGGAUGAACAAGCCGUUGGGUUGCCGUCCUCAGGCCCUCUCCAAAGACCCCUCCUCGGACCGCAGCCAAUUCCUAGACAAGGACGGUGGUCUGUCAGAUGACGCCCCCCCCUCACCGUUUCUGCCUUCUCCCGUCAGCCUGAAGCUCCCCCUGGUUAACAACCUGCAGCCUGGGCUGGCCCUGGGCUCCCCGGGGCUCAACAUGCAGAACUUAAACAACAGACAGAUGCAGAGUGGGAUGUUGGGCAGCAGUGGAGCAGCACUAUCCCGGGCCAUGCAGCAGCCUCCUCCUCAGCCGUCAGUGCCGCCUCUCGGCUCCUCCCAGCCUAGUCUACGCGCUCAAGUGCCUCAGUUUCUCACCCCUCAGGUUCAAGCACAGCUCUUGCAGUUUGCUGCAAAAAACAUUGGUCUGAACCCUGCACUUUUAACCUCACCAAUAAACCCUCAACAAAUGACCCUGUUGUACCAACUUCAGCAACUGCAAAUGGCGUACCAGCGUUUACAAAUCCAGCAGCAGAUGAUGCAAGCUCAGCGCAACGUCUCCGGUCCCAUCAGACAACAAGAGCAGCAAGUUGCACGUACAAUCAAUAACAUGCAGCAGCAGAUCCAACAGCACCAGCGUCAGCUGUACCAGGCCCUGCUGAUGAAGCAGCAGCCCCCCGGCUCCCACUCCUCCUCAGGCCUGCACCCCGGCCAAGGCAAAUCAGCCCUGGACUCAUUCCCAGGCCACCCCCAGGCUCCGGGCCUCUCCGACCUGCACACCAAAGAGCCGCAUUCUUCUCCCAGCUCCUACAGCCCCUACCCCCUCUCUGGACUCAAUCCAAACAUGAAUGUAAACUGCAUGGAGGUGGGGGGCCUGUCCAUGAAGGAGCCUCCCCAGCCUCAGUCCCGUCUGUCCCAGUGGACCCACCCCAACUCCAUGGACAGCCUCUCUGGAAACUCCUCCCACAUGGAGGCCAACCUCAAUAAGCACGGUGCCAUUUCUGCUGCUUCUAAUCUGGGCCCCCCUGGAAAGCCCUCCCACAUGGAUGACUCCUACAGCCCCUACAGUAUGAUGGGUGGGUCUGAGUCCCCCACCUCCCCCCUGGUUCCCCCUGACAGCUGGGGCCAGGGACCGGGAAAGAGCCCCAAGGACCAGAUCACCAACGGAACAAAUAUAAACUGGCCCCCAGAGUUCUGUCCAGGCGUGCCCUGGAAGGGUCUGCAGAACAUUGACCCUGAGAACGACCCCAACAUGACCCCAGGAAGUGUUCCCAGCGGCCCCACCAUCAACACCAACAUCCAGGACGUCAACCGCUACCUACUCCGUGACCGCAGCGGAGGCUCCUCCCCUCCUUCACCGCCUCAGAACGGUGCUCUGCCCCCCUCCACGGACUGGCCAGUCAGUGGCUGCUUCACUAGCUCUUUCAGUCUGUCCUCCCCGGAUGAGGAGAGUGCAGGUAAACUAUCUGACAUGAAGUCCACCUGGUCCCCGGGGCCCAUCUCCCACCCCUCCCAGGCCUCUCUGUCCCACGAGCUGUGGAAGGUCCCCCAGGGGCCCCGCAACAACACAGCCCCCUCCAGGCCACCUCCAGGCCUCACCAACCCCGCCAAGCCCUCCUCCACCUGGGGAGGAAACUCCCUGGGCCUGGCCCAAGGCUGGAGCAGCUCAUACACCUCAGAGGGCACAACCUGGAGCACAGACAGCUCCAACAGGACCAGUAGCUGGCUGGUACUGAGGAACCUCACCCCCCAGAUAGACGGCUCCACCCUGAGGACGCUGUGCAUGCAGCACGGCCCCCUCAUCACAUUCCACCUCUUCCUGACCCAGGGAAACGCAGUGGUGCGAUACAGCUCCAAGGAGGAGGCUGCCAAGGCCCAGAAGUCCCUGCACAUGUGUGUGCUGGGGAACACCACCAUCCUGGCAGAGUUUGCCGGGGAGGAGGAGGUGAACCGCUACUUUGCACAAGGCCAGCAGCAGCAGCUUCCGCCCACCACCAGCUGGCAGCCUAACCCCGGCACCAAUCAGACGCGCAUGGGCGGAGGCUCGCAGCAGCACGCCAUUGGCCAUCACUGGAGUGGCGGCCUUGGGGGAGGAGCCAAGACCGGCGGAGACCUGCUGUGGGGGGGCGUACCCCAGUACUCCAGCCUGUGGGGACCCCCUAGUGGCGAUGAUAGUCGCGGCGUUAUCGGGAGCCCCAACCCCAUUAACACGCUGUUGCCAGGCGACCUGCUGAGUGGAGAGUCCAUGUAGGACAACACACUAACAAACCAACCAUGAGGAUGGAUGUUUCAACGCUGGAACAGACAGUGGAAAAAUAAUAAUAAAUACACAAAAAAAUUACAAUGAACAGGAACAAAAACCAAGCAAAUCAUGUGGCGAUAAUCAGUAUCAACGGAACUGUGAAUCGUGUACCGGAAGGCUGGGGGCGACGACACAAGACUGCUGACCCCUACGCCCUUCGGUUUUUACGUUUUUUUCCCCCCUCCUUUUUAGUUGACUUUUUCAAAGGGGAUUUUGUUUUUAGUAUUUGAUAAAUGUUGGAAGCAAACAAAAAUGAAAUGCCGAAAAGACUCAAUGAAGAGAGAACCAUUAAGUGUUUUUAAGUUUUCCAUGCAUAUCGCACAUUCUGUGUGUAGUGUUUUUUAGGAGAAGCAAUCGUAGAAGCUGCCAUUUUGAAUCUUUCCUUUGCCCACGAAACUACAAAUUGAUUAAAAAAAGGCCAUUCCCAGCAUGCUCGUGGUUUAAAGACCUUUUACUUAUGUUGUUGUUUUGUUUCCAAGCACUAAUAUUAGCCUUAAGCGCUCUACUGCGGCCCAGGUCCUCCUUCAAUCUCAAGCCUUUUUCAUUGUUUUGAAACUGAAGAAAUAUUGUGAUUUUGAAAGCUUGCUCAGUUCCCAUCUCUGAGCCAGUGAAUGGAACAGAACAAGUGUGAUCAACCAAGGUCGUAUUCACUAGGAACGAAACGGAAGCAAGCGGACUGAAACUGAGGGACUACCUGAACUUUGUCCAAUAAGAAAUGCUUGUUUUCGCAUGCUGUUGCAAAACGUUUUGCCACGUGUGCACCUCAUGAAUAUGACCCCCAAGUCACUCGGCAGUAUGAGGCCUGUCAACACUGACCCAACCAAUCAUCAGUUAAAACCUUUUUCCGUUUUUUUGGUCGUUCAUUUGUUCUUAAAGGGAUUUACACUGCUCUUUUUGUUCUUUUUGUAUAUCGGGCGCAUUUUUAUAUCUAUCGCAACAUAAGCUGAGAGAUUAUUACACAUCGACAGACCUAGCUGCAUCUGUUUUAUGUGUGUUCUUGAGUAUAUGUCUGAUGGAACCUAAUCAUUCACGUCUGGGAGUUCAGAUUACCACUGCUCAGAAGAACUACGACUUCAGCUAUACUCACCUAACGAGACUUACAGGUGCUUCUUGUCAAUUGUUAACAUUAUUAGUCGGUUUCGUUGUUGACCCUCUCGUCCCCAUUAUGGUCCACCAGUUUCUGGAAAUGACGACAAAAAAAAGAAACCGCUUCAACUUGAUGUGAAAGUUACAUUGUGCAAUAUAUACGCCACAGACCUUCUUCUUCCGUCCGCUCAAGUCGAAACAGGAACUGGUUUCUUUACAGUUUUCGUUUUUGAUUUUUGUUGUCGUUGAUCAAAGCAAAGAACUUAAGAACUACAGAAACUUUACCUUUUCUAAUUUUUGAUUCCCACCAGGCCUCCCCCUUGACAACACCCCCCCCCCCCAUGAAAAACCGUUGCGUUAACUCUUGCCGGAGAGGAGGAGCGAGGAUGGUGUUACUAUUAUAACUGUGUGUUCAGAAACUGUCUCUGCAGCCCUGAAACUCCUCAUACGUACACAUUGAACUGGGGUACAUGAGAAAGCACCAUCAGAAAGCCCUUCCUCUCCACGUUGCCACAGCCACACUGAACAGACUGAAUCCAGGUGGGGGAGUCACUGGAGGGUCACUGGAGAUCUGGCACAAUACCAAAUAAGAGGGGUUUAUCCUAAUGCAGUAGAUCUACUACGAGUGUUCCUUGUAUUUGGUACUGUGCAAAAAAUGUAAAAGAUAGACUAAGUAACCUUUUGUCUAUUUCAAAGGGUUUUAUCAUAGCACUUAUGAAGAGAGCUAAACGCUUCAACUUGCAAACCAAUAAAUCAGAAAAAUGGAGCAGCAACUUUGAAAACUGAAAAAAAAAGACAAAAAAAAUAACUCUAGCUCUUUUUGUACUGUAUCUAUACUUGGAAAUAACUUCUGGUAUUUGUUUGUUCCUCUUUGGUCCAAGGACUUGUAUGAACUUUAAAAUGGUAGCAGGAUGAAGAAAAGAAAAAAAAGGAAGUCUACUUUUAUCUGACAAAAGUCUGCAGUGUUUGAUUUUUUUCUAAAGACAUUUUCUUUUAACUAUAUCAAAGUGAAUAUCACUGUUACUCCAAAAUGUUUAGCCUUUUUCUUGUCUGGAGACACUAGACAUGCAAUGUUACCUGUCUCCGGCCAACGGUCAGUCGGAGUGGGGAGGGGGACAGUCACGGUCCACUGAGUGCCUCUCUGCUGUGGUUCCCAUGGCGAUGGUCGCUAGGCAAGGCUACCCCCACAGCAGUAUUUCCUCCUGGGCUGGCACCAAGCUCUCCCAUUGGACACCCUCAGCCCGGCAGGAAACCACGCUCCCUCCAAGACUGGCCAAUCAGCACGGAGCUAGCCAGCUAACGACCGCGCCAGCAGCACUCGACCUCGUCUCAACCAACCCUCUCCAUUUCCCCUAAUCUUCUUUCACACAAAGAUCACUUUAGCUGGAAGUCAAGAGACAGUCAAAUUUCUGGAAUUUUGCCAGUGUUUGAUGAAUUUUAUUUAGUUUUCGUUUGACGUUAUGUAUUUUUUGAUUUGUUAUUUUUGUCUACAUGCAGUGGUCUUUUCAAGAUGGCUGCUUGAAACGAGCCCUUUUCACUGUUCAUAUGCAGAAACACUUUGGUCAGAGGUGCCUCUGUAUGUUCAUCCUGUGUAUUGAAUGCAAACGAGGAUCAAUACUACAGCCCGUCAUUGAUUGUCUAUUAUUAGUUAGUAUCUUAACUGAUUGAUUGAUCAUUGCUUUGUUUUGGACAGUAUUCUGUAGUACUGUAGUGUAAGUUAGACCAAUAGGGUGUCUCAGAUGGGUGAGUGUGUCCUGCCUGACCCUAGCUGCUCCACCUGGGUUCCACCAGGGCUGUCCCCUCUCGCCCGCUCACACAGCUGCUACUCAACACCCUCCAGUCCCCACCAAAGCAAACAACCUAGGCCAUGACCUUCCCCCUGACCAGACAUAAACAGCGACUCAGUUCUGUUUCUAUGCAAAAGACUAGAGGCUGCGGGCCCUUUACAGCCAACGUGCCAAUCCUUCCUUAAGGGUUGAGCACCGACUCACAGAGCUAGACCCAUUAACCUCCUGCUGUAUGUACCCUUCAGCACUUAGAAUAUGUCCGCUCCUGGUCCUUAUAGCUGGGUUUGAACCACAACACUGUCGUAUUCCAAACUUCCACCCUCCCUCUAUGGGGAGUUAGUACCACUGAAGUGGAGGUAUAGUAGGCCUCUCUUUACUGUGCUGAAGAAGACUGAUCUCCUGUCAGCUUGAUCUCAGGGUAGGAGAUGAUGUUAAAAGAUGCAGCUCUCUCUGUAUGCAUGUCCUUUUGCUGUAGUGUAAGAGCCAAGUUCUACACUAACUAAUGGCAAGCUGUGCAGCAGUACUAUAUACUUGUUUUGGUUGGAGAAUGGGAUAGUAAUGGUUUCCCUUCCCAACUAUAGGCCUACUGUAAUGUUACAAUGUAGAGGCCCAUUCUACAUGUAAGAUGCCAAUGUUAUCCUAUGUGCCAAUACAAUAAAAUAUAUAGAUCUCAAACUAGCCCAUGUUAUACGAUCUGGAGAAAGAUCUCUUCUCUUCCCAGGAUGGAGGAUCUUUGAUAACCUUUGUGAUGGAGGCAGGGGGGCAGGAGGGAUCAAACAGAUGGGUGGGGGCAACACACCUCAUCCUGAACCACUGAGAUAAUAUGGCCGGGUCUCUCAUGGCACCCUGUUCACUAUGUAGUGCAUUAUAUAGGGACAUAGGGUGCCAUUUGUGGGGAAUGCCCUGUUGUUGAUAAAAUCUUUGGCGGAUCCAAGUAUCCUAUGGUGCACCGUCAGUUUGAUGUUGGGUAAUCCUGGGUACAUAUUUUUUUAAACCAAAAAUGAAUUUCUUGCAUUUUAAUGUCAUUUUAAUAUGAAGUUUGACACAAAAUCAAGAAGAAAAAAUUAUAAAAAAACAACAAAAAACGGACUAAAAUAAAAUAUCUAUAAUAUGUUAAAACUAAAGCUCUGCACUUCUAGCUGAAAUGUCUCCAGUCCAGCAACCUCUAACUUCUACCAUCCAGGGAGUCAGAAUGCAGGCUGGGGAGCCUUUUUGUGGAUGCUGUAUUUAUCCUAUUUGUUAGUUUCCUCUCAAAGCGGACCCACAACUGUAUAUUUCCACAGACCCAGAAGGCUUCGGGCCCACUGUAUCAGCCCAGGUCGCUCACCUCACUGUUUCUGCGGUAGGCAACGAGAGUGGACGCAUUUCAAAAGGUACAAAGUCUUAACAACAAAAAAAUAACAAAAAAAAUAAAUGGGAUAAGGCUACCUUUUUUGGGACUGUUCGGCGUCCUGCAGCACACUAGCAAAAAUCACUAUUGCCUGUUUCUGUAACUGCCUUGAUCCAAGCUCAGAGACCAAUUAGCCGGGUGGGGGCCACCAAACGUCCGCUCGGUGUGUGUGCACCAGCACUGAGGGGCAGGCCGUGCUCUCUCUCUACUGCUUAACUAUAGAUAUAUAUGGAUAUGUACGCUCUGUGUGGUAGGUAGCACAUCAACAGACACCUUGGAUCUCAAUCUCUGAAACCUUUUAUUCCUCUUAAAAGGUCUGGGUUCAAUACAAACUGAAGAUGAGCAAUAUGUAUUCCCCCCGCAAAUAAGUGAUACGAAGGAAAUGGAAUGGGUUUAGUGGUUAAACUGGUACUUGAUGGAUCAUGAGUAAUGUCUUUCCUACUUGGAGUUGGAUAUGCACGUUCUGGAUUUAUGAACAUAUUACAGUAAGUACCUUGAACUACUUGUACUGUAUGUGAAAUUGUCUAAACAACCCAACCUGAAAUCACCUGUUUUUUAAAUGCAUACUUUCCCAGUAGAGAAAAAUAUCAUUAAACAUAUCAACACAAAAAUAUAAACACAAAUACUUGAAUCAAGGAGCGCCAAUAACGUAAUGUGAAGUCUCUUUUGUAAAAAAAUAAAUAAAUAAAAAAAUAAAAUAAAACAAUUUGACUAGUACACUUCCAAGCUUGAGGUCAUCAAUUAAAAAAGAUUGGAGAAAAAAGUGCAAAAAUCAUUUGGUUGUGUGCUUGAAAGUCAAAUGUAUGUGUGCAAACAACUGUGUGCUUGGCAGGCUUAGGACUGCUGUCAUGUUCCAUUCAGUAUGUUGUGUAUUGACAUUGUUGUCUGUUCUUUUAUUCAGUUUAUUUUUUGCUUGUCAAAACUAUAUUCUGAUAGACAUUUAUCUUCUAACGUUGCACUGAGUGUCUUCUACCCCUCACUCAGCUAAUCGUAGACAAACGAGGGGAGAGGGUGACAAUUCAUGUGUAAAUGUUUACUCAAGGACUUAAUGGAAAAAAAGUUUUUGUUUUAUCUGUAAAAUGUUUAUCUACCUUAGUGGCUUUUAUUGUGGAAUAAUCCAAAACAAGGAUUAUCAUUGAGUAUUGCACCAUUUUGUUCUGAUUACAUACAAAUGUAAUGAAAAAAAUACAAAAAAAAUGAUCUAAGAAUUGUGGCCAUAGAUGGUAGGACUAGUAAUCUCUUAACUUCAUGGAGAAAUGGAAAGGGAUAAUGUGGGGAGAUGAGUUUGUUACAGGACUCAUUGCAGAGGUGCCUAUCUUGUUUUCUUUAUGCAUAGCCACCCGUCGUUUACAAACAUUUCAUUUGUCUGAAGUUGAGGAAAAAGGAAUUUUGAAAUGUUGAAAAAGACAAAUUCCAUCUUCCAUCAAAAAAAUAUGAACAUAAAACAAACUUUGCAAAAUGAAGAUUUAUGCUACUUUCAGAACUCUGGGAUUGAUCAGUGUUGUCGUGUUUUUAAUUUCUCUUUUUUUUAUGUCGACAGACUGUAUGUAUUGAAUUAUUUGAAUUUUGUCUUUGUAAAAAGACAACGCAAUUUGCUCACUAUCUUGCACACUCGUAAAGAUGUGGAUCUUGUCUCGGGAAGGCCAGGAUUUCCAGAGUUCAAACUCCACCAUUUGUAUUUAAAUUUGAGUUUUAAAUUACAAUAACUUUGAGAAAUGUAACUCCAGGCACUGAAAGUUAGGGAUUUAAAUAGAAUAUGAUAUACCAUUGCUUCUAAAAAUCCAUAGCGGUUACAUAAUUUACCAAAUAAAUGACUGAAAAUGAACUUUGAGAGAGAAAGUAGAGUGCUUUACAUGUAAAAUUGCUUUACAUUUAAACAAAAUUGAUCAAUGGUUUUAAUUGUCAAAUGGCAGUGAUUAGUUUUACUUAUGCAUUUUCUUUGAGGUUCCAUCCUGUAACUUUCAGGAGUUUUGUGCAUUACUGUCUCUGUUCCUGUGGCAGAUAUUCAAUGAGUUAAGAGAUUCUGUCUAAUAGAUGGUUUUCAGGAGACAGAUUUGAAGUGUGUGUGGGGGAGGGGGGGUAGCUGGUUUUUAAAGGAUCAUGAUCUAUGCACAAGUGGGAGGGAGAGUCCAGGCCUGCUUUUCUCUUGGGGCCCGGAACUCGUACUCUGGGGUUCAGGGUUUGAUGUAGGGGUGUGUCUUUGUGCUACAAAUUUGCUAUGUUUGAUUUUCUUCCCCCUCAUCAGAUUUAUGGCAAAACUUUGUAUUGCUUCGCCAUGCUGUGUAAUCCUUAAGCAAUGAGCGCUUAUCCUUCUGCUAAAGCACUGUGGGUUAUACUGAGAAAAAGCCCAUGACUUUUAAGGCUGUCUGGUUUUUGUAAGGGGGGAGGAGGUGGUACUCUGCCUUUUUAUUUAAAAAAGAAACAUUAAGGAGAAAUGUCUGUACUGAGAAAGUUGUGGCUUUUAAUGUUUUGUUUUUUUUCUCCUCAGAAUGUUAAUGACAUGCACCGGAAAAAACAUGUCUCCAUGAGUUAUGGAGUUUCUUUCGGACUAUAUUAAUAAAUUGACAUUUUUCUUGGCUGUUAAAAA